GUUCUGCCCUCAUAACCAACUCUCCUCCUCUUGUUCAUGCCUUUCACAGACGUUCAACAUCCGCGGACAUCUCCGCAAGGAUCAUCCGGAAGCCACUCAAACGAUUUCGACGAAGACCACUCGGGACAUGGUACUCACCUUCACAAAAGAAUCCGUUUAUCUUCAGCGUCCACUUCAUCGGGCGUCAGCGACGACGACGAAUUGAGUUACUUCGAAGAGGAUCGUGAUCCUCAAUCAGGAGACUCGUCCGGUGAUGAGGACAUCCCAAAAGAGACUGUACAAGUCUCAAGUCGCGUUACUUUCGGCAAGAGGGUAAGCGAAAGCCCAGCUCAUACAGCGGUGAACAGAUCAACGCAUCCGAAGUCUUUCGCGGACAUGGACAUCCAUCAAUCCCUCAUCUCUACCCUGUCUCGAAUGUCAAUACGAACGCCAACGGAGAUUCAGGCCGCUUGCAUACCCCCAUUGCUAAAUGGUCGUGAUUGCAUAGGGAACGCGCAGACGGGAUCAGGUAAAACCAUAGCUUUUGCCAUCCCUAUACUCCAAAAACUCGCCGACGAUCCUUAUGGAAUCUUUGCACUUGUGCUCACUCCAACGAGAGAGUUAGCUUUCCAGAUAGGCGAACAGUUUGCGGUCCUCGGCGCCCCUCUGAGUGUGCGCACAUCAGUUAUCGUCGGAGGGAUGGACAUGAUGGCGCAGGCACUUGAGCUAGAUGCACGACCUCACAUCGUUGUAGCCACUCCGGGACGCAUGGUUGACCAUCUUCGAAGUAGCAGUGGGCAGUGGAGUUUGGCGCGGACCAAAUAUCUGGUCUUAGAUGAGGCCGACCGACUCCUCACGGCAACAUUUGCUCCAGAGUUGGAGCACCUGUUCAACAUAUUACCCAAGGAUCGCCAAACCUGCCUUUUCACUGCAACACUGACCCAAGCAAUCGAGAAUCUCGCUUCGGCUUCCCCCAAACCUGGCAAGGAUAGACCGUUCGUUCAUCGUUCGCAUUCCCGAGUCGAGACCGUCGCGACUUUGAAGCAGAAGUAUGCACUUGUUCCUUCCCACGUGCGGGAGUUGUAUUUGUAUCACAUCCUCUGUCACCCUCCCGAAAACACGGUAUCUUUAAGGCGUGCACCGCCGAACGCUGACGUCAAACCUGUCAAGAAAUCCAAGUCCGGCAAGAAACCGUCAAAACGUAAGGCUGAUGCCGAACCCAACGAGCCAGAGCAGCCCCCACCAACCAUAAUUUUCUGUCGGAAACCUCGAACUGCUGCGUACCUCACAAACCUAUUGAAGACACUGUCUAUUCGUAGCACGGCUUUGCAUUCGCGUCUUACGCAACGCGAGCGGCUCACUUCUCUUUCACUGUUCCGAUCAUUCGUUGUUCCUGUCCUUGUUUCAACGGAUGUUGGCGCUCGCGGUCUAGACAUAGAAGAUGUCGCUAUGGUGAUUAACUGGGAAUUGCCGGACGAACCUGAAGAAUACACCCACCGGGUGGGUAGAACUGCCCGAGCUGGUAGGAGUGGUUUCGCGCUUAGCUUUGUGACGGAACACGAUGAGGAGCGCUUAAACAGUAUUGAGCGACGCAUCGGAACACAACUAGAGGAAAUGCCUUUCUCUGAAUCUGAUAUCCUCGAAUCACUCAAUAGCGUUUCAACUGCAAAGAGAUUGGCGAGGAUGGAGCUGCAUGAUUCAAAUUUUGGAGAGCGAGAAAAGAUCCAUAAAAUUAAGCAAGAAAAGAGUCUGGGUCAGUCUCGAUCAGCAUCAGGCUCUCGGUAAAUCAGGGGCACUGGGUAUUGACUCUAGGACUGGGUACGCCGUCUGAUUCGUGUUGCGUCACACAUGUAAUGCCAUGAAGUGGGUCAGAAUGGAUCUAUUCUCAGACAUAUGCAUGUGGCCACAUGGGGCGGGUAUCAGCUACUAGUGUUGCCCUGUAAGACGGGUUGGAUCGCACCAAGGGCCUACGGG